GUCUGUUUCGGCAACGUUUCUGCCGCUAGUGGGCUUUCAAGCUUCAUGCUUUUCGGCCAAACUUUCGCUGCUCAGCUGCUUGCCGCGUUUUUUGUACCAGCGAGCUUUAGACGUCGCGGUUUUUUUGGUCGUUCGGUGUUCGCGCUCUUAUUUGGCAUUGUUGGAGUUGGUAACGGUGGUCGGAUUGGUGACGAUUAUGAUGUUUUGGUGUACAAAAAGAACAUAUCUAUAAGUAAUCACUAAAAAACCUAAAACAGUGUAAUUUUAAAACUUACUCCUAUUUUAAAAAAAGACUUAUAAUGAACGUGAACGUAACGUGAAUCUCAGUGGCGUCAUUCGUGACGUCGGAAAAGACUGAAAGUGCGAGGUUCACGCGUUAACAGACCCCUAGGGGGUGUUUGGGGGUUCGAACUUGGUACGGGAAGUACCUCACAAGAGGAUUCACUCCCACACAUGGUGCAGCCAAGCAACAACAACAACGGAGGCUCCGACAUGGACUCGCUCGAGGACAUGCUGCGGAAGCUUUCCGAGUUGGAACAAAGAGUUUUGGAGGCAGAGGGCAGGGCGGAAGAAGCCGAGGACAAGGUACGAAUAAUGGAACAGAAGCUGGCGUGGUCUGUGCAAAGUGACGCCAACAGCGUUCAGAUCCACCGGCUAGAAGGAGAAGUAGAAGAACAACGUCAGUUGAGGUUGCACGACGCCAAACAAGUCGAAGCGAAAGCAGCUAGAAUCAAAGAGUGGGUAACAAACAAACUUAAAGAAUUGGAAAUCCAAAACCAAACGCUCAGGGAACAGAACAUCAAAUGCAAUCAACAGCUCGAAUUGCUGAGGAACCAUCUGGCUCUGACUGAAAGGAGACGAUCUGAGAGUAGUUCGCCAGAAGCAAGACAGUUCCCUCCACCGACGAGUGUCGCGCUGAGCCAGAAACAUCGACGGCAUCAGUCCGUCUGCCUUUCUACCAACACCAAUUUCGAACCUGUGAUACCUAGCACUUUAGUAACCAGCGUGAACUUCGGCACCAGCACUUCCAGCAUGGAUCCAUUUACCGAUGAGCUUCGUGCUGCCGUAGAUAACCUUAACGUCGGGAGGAUACCGAGUAGCAGUGCCAGUGAUCCAGACUUAGCACACGAUUACGCUGAAAUAUAUACGCCUAGUAGGGAGAAAGUAACUUGGCCUAGGGCUCCGACGCCGCCUAUUCAUAGGUUUCCUAGUUGGGAGGAUCGAAUCUAUCAGGUUGCUGCUGAUGGUUUAACAUUGACCGGAACGACUCCCAGUGAUGUGGGUCCCGAACAAGCGGGAUAUCAAGACAUCCCAGUUCCGGUAUACGCUACAGUCAAAGGAAGGGCUAGUCAAAUUAGAUCAAUACCUUUUACGGGAGAUUCUUCCGAUGACUCGAGUGAUGGUGAAGGAAAUAAUACAACGGCUAUCGACGGUACCAAUACUCAUAGUAGAAGUUCUGGCGAUACAACGGGUUCUAGUCCAGGCAAACGAACAGCUUCAAGUAGUAGCGGAUCACCGAGUAAAAGUAAAACUAGAGGUGUUUCAGAUACGUCGUUCGAGUCUGGAAUGUCGGACGAUUACGCAGUCCCACCGGACGCUUUAAGUUGUGAUACCACCAGCCUAGAAUCGUCGAUGCUUCUUAGAGCUUCGUCUUAUUUAGAUAGUCCGAAGAGAAUAGAGAGUUUAGAAAAAUGCGGAUCUUUAGCUAAAUUAGGAGGUAAAUUAAAAACGUGGAGGAAAAAAUGGUUUGUUCUUAAAAACGGAGUGUUAACCUACUACAAAAGUCAAAACGAUAUUAACAGAAAACCCCAAGGACAAAUACUUUUGGAUGAAAUUUGUAAAAUUACAAGAGCCGAAGGGUCUAAUACGUUCGAAAUAGAUACCGGGAAAAAGACGUACUAUUUAACAGCAGACUCGUUGACUGCAAUGGAGGAAUGGGUUAGAAUUUUACAAAACGUUCAACGACGAAACGCAACCAAAUUGCUGUUAAGUAGAGACGAAAACAAACCGAUUCUACAGGGAGUACUAAAAAAAGUUAAAAACGGAAUUCCUAGAGAGUGCUGGUGCGUUUUAAUAGGAAAAAUGUUCUUGUAUUUCAAAAAAUCUACCGACCAAACGCCGCAUGGUCAAAUUAAUUUGAGAGAUACCAAAGUUGAGGAAAUCGAACAUCUUUCAGAUUCGGACUCGGAAGAACAAGAAUCGGAUCAUCCUCGAUUUACGGUUGGGAUAUUUCCGAAUAAUCAAGCUCCGACGUAUCUGCAUUUUACAGGAAAACAGGAAAAAGAUUCGUGGUUGUACCAUUUGACGGUGGCUAGCGGUGGAGGACCGAACACGGGCACGCAGUACGAGCAGCUGAUUCACAAGCUUAUGGAAGUCGAUGGAGAUCCCAAUUGUGUUCUGUGGAGACAUCCGAUAUUAUUACACGUGCCUUGUACAAAAGAUGGUGCCGUUCCAUCCUAUUUUCCGUUAACUAGUUUACCUACGGAGGUGCUACAGGCCGAAGCCAUCAAACUGUUCAAAUGCCUGCAAUUAUUCAUGUCCGCGGCCGUGGACCAGGCGGGCAUCGACUACCAUGUAGUUCUAGCUCAGAACGCAUUGCAACAAUGCUUGGAUAUGCCCGAAUUGCAGUCGGAAUUGAUUUGCGCUUUGGUGAAGCAAACCAGCAAGAGCGCGCCACUGCCGAAACUAGGAGUCCAGCAACUCCUGCUUUGCGCAACGCAAAGUCUCUUUACCUGCGAAACGAACACGCCGAGCAUUAAUAGCACGGUGUCUGAUCAACAAAUCGCCUUAUCCAAUAUACAGGCCGCCCAAGAAGAGAAAUACAAGGAGCACAAGGAAUGCUAUAAGGAGCACAAGGAUCCCAAAGGACCUCCCAUUUAUACGCUGCUUCAAGGUUGGCAGCUCUUGGCUUUGGCCGUCAGUUUGUUCGUGCCCAAGAAUUCGAUGCUGUUGUGGUUUUUGAAGUUGCAUCUACAGAGGAACGCCGAGAACAGGACCGAGUGCGGGAAGUACGCUGCUUAUUGCGAGAGAGCGCUGGAAAGGACUAUUUUGGCAGGCGGUCGCGAACUGAAACCAUCCAGAAUGGAAGUACUCAGCAUACUCUUAAAGAAUCCCCAACACCACGCCCUUCCGCACUCGAUGCCCGUCCAUUUGCUUAACGGAACGUACCACAUCACCAGCUUCGAUGGUUCGACGUCCAUAAAAGAAUUCCAGGACUCGUUGUCGCAAGAAAUCGGAUGUCGAACGAGUAACGGUUUCGCCAUCUUCAGCGACGAUCCCAUAGAGAAAGAUUUGGAGCACACUCUGGAUCCUAACGCUAAAUUAUGCGAUUUGAUAUCCAAGUGGGAGAUCGCUCUGAGGGAGAAGGGAUUGGGGAAGUUUGAGAAUAGCAAAGUUAUACGGCUGACUUAUAAAAACAGAUUGUGGUGGAAAAACAGCGCAAAACUGGAAACCGAAAAAGAACGACUUCUACACUGCUACCAAAUCAACAAACAAAUCGUAAACGGACGUUUUCCAGUAACCAGAGAAGCAGCAUUAGAAUUCGCAUCCCUAAUGGCUCAAAUGGACAUGGGCGACUGCUCUCUAACCAACAAAAGCGCGACCAGUACUCUCACUAAUCAAAGUACCUCCAAUUUACACAGAAGUCCCAAAUCUACAGGAAACGGUACAUUAAGUCCACCUGCUUCCAUCCAGAACUCGAGUACGCUGAGCGCUUUGAAUAACGUUCACGGGAUUUUGACCGCUCACUCUAACCAAGCGUUGAGCGCCAUCGACAAGUUUUAUCCGUACAGAUACAGGGACCAAUUGAGCCAGGAACAGUUGGCCGAACUGCAAGCUAAGUUGAUGGCAAAAUGGAGAGCUUUGAAGGGGAAGACUCAAGCGGAUUGCGUCAGGGCGUAUUUGAAUUCGACCAGGAAAUGGCCUUAUUUUGGAGCAACUCUGUUCCAGGCAAGACUAAGACAACAAGAAUCCCCGAUGAUUUGGCUAGCAGUUAACGAAGACGCCAUAACAGUCUUAGAUCUAGCAACAAUGCAACAGCGCGUGAGAUACCCUUACACGAACGUCCUAACCUUCGGAGGCUGUCAAGAAGAUUUCAUGUUAGUCGUAACUCAGAACGACCAACAACCAUCCCAGAAACUGAUAUUUUCUCUAAGCAAACCCAAAAUACUCGAACUAACAUUAUUAAUCGCAGAUUAUAUGAAUUUAUUAAUUAAUAAUCCAGGUACGCCGCUGCUAGGGACUCUCAGCAGAGGAACCAUGGUGUCCGUAAACCAAUCAGUAGUAAACCAAUCCAUUAUAAGCCAGACGAUAGCCAAUCAAAGUCAGCCGGAUAUAUUGAAAUCGACGCCUGAUCAUGGCGUGCAACGUUCCGACUCGAAACGUCGGACUCACGUGGAUUCGGGCUUGGCGUGAUACCGUAAAGAUUGCGCUAGUUGCGAACGAGUGAAAAUAUACUGACUUUUUUUUUUAAUUGUGAUUUUAUAGAUCUUUUUUGUUUUUGCCAGGAAAGCAUUUGAAUUUUGUAUAUAAAGUGAGACAGAUAUUAUUUAUGAACGAUUGUAAAUAAAGUUUGUUAUAUGUAUAA